CGUAUAGGAGGGCUGUUUACUGUGAACAAGAACUGAUCUGCUAAUUUCGGCUGUUUAAUCAACAGGGACUUGUGUUGCUUUAUCACCUAGGAUGAGACUGGGUCAUAUUCCUCACCGUCUUAUAAAAAUACGUGUUCUUAGAGACUGCCCUUUACAUUCUGUGCGGGAGACAUAGGCUCAAAUAUUAUUUCCUUUAGUCUAAAUGUAUCUGAUGUUCGAGGAGACAAGUGCAAACAGCUAUCUGUGGCUUUACAAAAAUACAUUAUGAUACUGAAGAAUAAAGCAAGAAAUGUGCUGGUUGGCUAAGGUUAUCGCACAUCUAGCGGUGAUAGGAUGGAGCGAUGGCGAAGUGAUGAUCAUCAGGGGUAAAAGGGAAGGAAAGCUAGAGAAACCUGGCACUCGAGAAUCAAUGCCAGUUGCCUGCGAGUAUGAACUUUCUCACCGAGAUAAGGUCCAGUCUACAGUGCUAUUCAUCUCGGUCUGCAGUCAGUGUUACGCUGAUACGGAAGCUGUCAAGAGGUUCUGCUCUGUACUCUGCUUUGUUACAGCAAGUACGACAAUGCAUCGGUGGGCAGGUCGUGUUGCCAUGGUGACUGGAGCCAGUUCUGGGAUAGGAGCUGCCAUUGCUAAGGAACUGGUGAAGAAAGGGCUCAAAGUUGUCGGCAUGGCACGAAGGGUGGAGAACAUUGAGGCCCUGUCGGCGUCCCUAAGGUCGUCAGCGGGUCAGCUGUACCCGGUGAAGGCGGACAUCACGCAGCACAACGAAGUAUUUUCCGUGUUCAGGUGGGCCAAGAGGAACUUGGGAGGAGUGGAUGUUCUGGUCAACAGCGCGGGAGUUGCCAGCGCCAACACAUUAAUCGAUGGUCCGAUUGAAAACUGGAGGCAUAUAUUGGACGUGAACGUUCUGGGACUUUCCAUCUGUACCAAAGAAGCGAUCCAUUCCAUGAAGGAGAGAGGAGUGGACGAUGGACACAUUGUGCAUAUCAACAGUGUUACAGGUCAUGUGGUUCCUCCUACAAACACGCCAAUGUACAUGUAUGCAGCCUCCAAAGCAGCUAACUUGACGUUAACAGAGGGACUCAGACGGGAACUUCUUCAGAUGAAUUCCAAAAUAAGGCUCACGAGUGUGAGCCCUGGAAUUGUGCGUACGGACAUGCGUGAAACAUCAGGACUAACAGAUCCUCACGAAGACCACCCUUACCUCGAACCGCAAGACGUAGUAGACGCCGUGAUAUACGUUCUGGGAACACCUCCACAUGUCCAGGUCCAUGAAGUAAUCAUCAGGCCAGUGGGAGAAAGUUUUGUAUAAAGUACAUUAUUAAAACUAUUCAGAAAUAUGUACAUAAAACCUCUCUUUAAAAAUAUCUACUAGGUAUUUGUAUCUUGAAAGACCCCAAUAAACUGCAUUGUUUAUUUUCACUAA